CUCAGCUACGUCAUCCUGUAUUGCAAUCGUUCAAGGAGUCGGGAAUAUUGGGAUUUCAGUUCAAGAAAAUGGUGGUUAAUGCACGAUGUGGUCUUUUCCGAAUUUCAGUAAGUUUAGUUGUGAAUUCGAUGUAUAAAAAUUAGCUGUGUUUUAGAAAUUCAACAUUAUUCUUCAAGGAAAUUUAUGUAGUAGGGUGUGGUUUGUAUCUUGUGUUAAUGUGUUGAUAAAUGUUUUUGUUAGGCAUGCCGGGCGUGAAAAAAUAAUGAAAUUGGUAUGCAGCAAAUACCUUCGGUUCUAAAACUUUUUGCGUGAUCUGAAGUUUUAAAGAUCUUUUCAUGAACGGUACUCAUUGUCAGAAAGCAUUUAUGUGCAAAAUUUGCUGGGAAAACGACCAACUUACAAAGGAAAAACCACGUUUUCAGGGAGGCAAUGGAGGCGUAAACCGCUCGUUAGUACGUGUUCUUGAAGAUAGUGCAAGUUAAAGAUUUUCUUUCACAAAUGAAUUCUUCAACUGCUGGUACAAUUCACGCUAACCUUGAUAUUGAUAUGAGGGUUUAUAUUAUGGUGAACCGAUUCUAAAUUUUGAAUAAAUUUUAAAAAUUUAUUUUGAAUAAACAAUAUUGAUGGUUAAAAGCGUGAAGUGCCAAGUUCAGACUGAUUUGUGUUAAAUUGAAAAAAUCUAAGCAGAAACAUGGGUGUUCAGGAUUUACAAAGCUUCCUUGAUGGAGCUCAAGUGUCUGGAAGUUCUGUACCAGUUGAUCUUUUGCGAAUAGCUCGUGGAAUAGCUCAACAGCAAGCUCGUCAGAAUCAUCGCAACAAAGGUUCAAAUUCAGCCACCAACAAGUUGUGCCUUGUUGUAGAUGGGGAAUGUUGCCUUGACAGAUUGUACGGUGGCUAUUUUUCAGAUUGGGCCUGUGGUGGCCAGUGGAAUCGAAUGGUGCAGUUUCUGGCUGUUCUUAUACAAACAGUGCAGACUAGUUAUAUAGAUUUGGCUGUGUUCUUUAAUGGCUGUUUGGAGCAGCAACGUAUGAGUGAAUGGGUUGCUGCUCAGUUACGUACUCGACAAGGAAUUAAUCAAGUGUGUACAAUGGAUGAUCAUCAUCAAGAAGUUAUUGCCUAUUGUCGUGAAAACAGUUUCCAUGGUGUGAUGGCUGAUGAUGGAGAAUAUGCUGUGUUUGACCCUCCUAGAUACUUUUCAUCAAAACAUCUGAAGCUAACUUAUAAAGGAUCUCUUGAAACCAAGGAAUAUAUCCUUGCAGAAGUUUCAAAAAAUCUUGGCCUUGGUGCCGAUCGAUUCUGUUUAUUGGCAGCUCUUCUUGGUAACUAUUUGCUUACGGAACAUGAUCUUGUAGAUUUUUAUCGAAAAUUGGGAAUGAAAGAAAACCCAGGAAAGAUACCUGCUGAAAUUCUUGUGAAAAAUGUUGCCAAUUUUGUGAAAAGCUUACCUUCUGUUGAUAAUUUGGACAGUGUGGCAUUUCAAGUGUUUGGGUCCACUUCUGACAAACGAGCUGCUAAAUUGAGGCAGAGUGUUCAGUAUUAUUUAAAUGGUACAAAGGAUGGUUUUCUUCGUUAUCGUCCUCAUCACACUGGUCGACGUCAAGAUACUGGCCAUCACAUGGGUCCUCAGAAAUCAAGUUUCACAGUUAACAAAGGUACCCAGAAUGAUGCCGAAGAUAGUUCACGUUUUGCAUCGGAGACCAUAGAAAGUGAGAGAGACAGUCUGGCAGCUUACAAAGAAGCUACUGCAAAUGCUAAAUCUGCUCCUCAGAUAGUAAUAGAACCACCUACCGCUGGUCACAGUGAAACUAUUAAAACAAUCCACAAUGCAUGUUCUGGAGAAAAGAAUCAUGAGGAGGAAUCUUCAGUUCUAUCAGGAAACUCAGAACCACAUGCUAUAAAUGGUGGCAAUCAUGCACAACUUCUAAUUAGUUCGUCAAGCUCUUCUAGCAGUUCCAGUGCUACUUCACCUAGUCGCCUCACACCUGAGAAUGCAAAACUAAAUUCUGUUGCUGAAGAUGUUGUGGGUCCAGUCUCAAAUAAACUGAGUUCUCUUCCUAGUAUUCCUCCCGAAGUAAUGCGGACAGCUAGUGAACGUCAUCAAAAGGGGCUUAUGUCACCAUUUAUUUAUCAGAUCUUAACCCAAGGGGAAGUAAAAUUUCCAGUAUUAAUGGAGGAUGAAAAUCACAAAGAACUGCCUAGUAUUCACUUGUUUUACAGACCUGUACGCCAAAUGGUUUAUGCAAUUCUAUUUAAUUUGCAUCAUCAUAUGUACUUGGCAACCCAAAAUAAAAAGGAAGGAGAGGUUGAAAAGACUGAAGUUCCAGAACUGAGGAUAAAAGAAUGGAUCUGGUCAAAAUCAAACCCAUAUCAGACACCAGAGUAUGUGAAAGCAGAACAAAUAGGUUGGCGUGUACCUACAAUUCAGAGAUUGUGGUUUGGGUCUGCAAAUGAUGAUAGGAGGAGACGUUUAAGAGCAUUCCUAACAUGUAUGCGUUCUGACACUCCACUAAUGCUUAAUCCUGCCUAUGUGCCACAACAUCUUCUUGUUAUGGCCACUGUUCUAAGAUACAUGAUUUCCUUUCCUGACAAAAAGAUCCUGCGUAAACCAGAAUUAGAUGCUUUUAUUGCCCAAGCAUUUUCUCCUGAGCUUAUGAAUGCGCAUUAUUUGCAAGAAUUGCAGUUGCCUUUAGUGACAAGUCGUGGAGUACAGCUUGCUGCCAUGUUCAUGCAAGGUGUUGAAACAGCUUUAAUGGCAAAUGAUGCUUGCGGUGCCCCAAUUCCUUGGCUUAUGUGCUGCCCUUGGCUCUUUUUUGAUGGAAAGUUGUUUCAUCACAAAUUAGCGCGAACAUCUGUUGUAAAAAAUUUAUUGGAAUUGUGCGACCACCACAUUGAUCAUGUUGUCAAAGUUGAUCGAAUGCGUAAAGCCAUUAUGGAAGGACUUAAUGUACAAUUUGCUCGACCAGCUAUGCCACAAAUGACUGGUAUGCGUAUGCCAGGUGGCAUGCCUCCAGGAAAUGUGCAGCCUGCUGGAGGAGCAUUAGUUCAAUCUCGAGCAAUGCCAGUUGGCAAAUGUAGUCUUUACACUGCUAAUGGAGCGUCAAGGGGUUUGCUGAGACGGUCAGUACCAACACGAGGCGGACAACUGGAAAUAGCUGGUGUAGUGGUGGGUUCUUGGGGACCUAACUAUGGAAGUAGGGUGGGAGGAACACCACAUUCUGGCCCAGGACCUAUUGUUGCUGCUCCACGUUCUCGUAUGGUUCCACCUCAGGUUACUUCAGUUGGUGGACUCAAGAAUUAUCGCCAAAACAAUGCAGUUUCAAACUACCAUAUGAAUCCUAUUCCCAGCGGGGCUCGACCAACGUUCCAUACUCGUGGGGCAAAACUAGGUGCUAGUGUAGGAAGAGGCAAAAGAAAUCAGGGUUACAAUAAGAAAAAAUCUCCUUCUAACAAGAAACUGAACAACAGAGAAAUUGAUAGACGUGAAGCUAAGGGUCGUGGAAUGACUGUGGAAGGCUCUGCUGGGAAUACUCUUCCUGCAUCUGCCCUUUUGAACAGUGACAUUGGAGGGGGAGGUGAUGAUAACACGAAGCAUCGUAAGGAAGCUGCUGUUGCAGGACAAUUUGAUGAUGCCUCUCCCUCUGCAGAACAGGUUAAACAUGGAGACAAAAUCUGUUCUAGUCCUUCUGUCAGAGCAGCAGCAACCUCUGAUGUUCCUAUAACUAUUUUGGAUGGUGUGGGCCAUAAAGGUCAAGGAGAUGGUCCAGCACAAUCUGUCUUGGCAAGUGUAGUGACAGCUGACAACUAAUUACUUUUUCCAUGUGUUGGCGGUACAGGGAAAAAAUGUAUUUUUGAUGAAACACUCCAACUUCGUUUCUAAGAUUUUUCAUAUCCAUGAAUUAUUAAAAAAAAAAAAGUAUUCUUUGAAAUUCACAUUGUAAAGUAAUAUGCUACCACAUUCAGUUAAUAUUCAAUGCAAAUGGAAGUGGUGUAUCUCCCAAUUUCUUUGUUUACAAUUUUGACAAUUUUUUUUCUAAAUCUUCAACAUGAUUAGCAAAGUCAAUUGCAUUUUUUGUUUCUAACAUUUUUUAAUGGAAAUUUAAGUGUCAAAGUAUAUCUAUAGCUUAUAUGGUAGUUGUGGACACAGUUUCUGGUGAUUGGAUAAACAAUUACAAGUUUUCUUGUAGGGAUAAUUGUAGCCUAAUGAUUGGUUUUCUUACAAUUGAUGUUAUUUUUUCUGUUCUUCACUUGGAGUCUACCAGUACACAAAAGAUUAAUGCUUAUGCAUGAACUGUGUGUUACCUUGUUCUAUUCUCAAAGUUGUUCAUACAGAUUCAGGAUUUACUUCAGGAAUGUGGUUUGUUAAAGUGAAUGUUGCUCUUGCCCUACAAGAAUUAUUUUCUCUUUGUAUCACAACUGUAAGAAUAGUAGAGGAUUAUUAACUCUCCUUAUGAGUGUACAUUACUUCAGACUCAAUAAUAAACUUUUGUGUGAUGAAAUAUAUGUUCAGUGCUUUCAUAGUACUUUCUAUUUUAAUGAAUCAUAGACUACUUCUUAAUGUAACAAUAAAAAUUAGUGCUAAGUGGGAGUAUACCAUGGUCCAAGGGGUGAUUUCAUCCAAAUUUACAGAUGUGGUGCUCAUUGGUACCCUAAUGAAUUUUUUCAAGUUUGCUGUUCAAGACAUUUGAGUGACUGACACGAGUACUCGAACACUAGUAUGAACAGGAAGCGUUAACAGAUUGUGAGUGACUACUUGUUGGUGCUUCUCCUUGUGGACACAUAGCAUUGUGGAAGAGGAGUGGCAUCUCUGAAAACAUAGGAAAUAACAAGACCAAAUUGUGCGUACAAAACCAUUUAUGAAUAUAGACUGAGAGGAUAUGACAAAAUAUGAAGUCUAUUUUUAUAUAUUUGUUAUGUUGUUACGAAGAUAAACAUUGUAUUAAUAUGGUGUCUUAUUUAAAAAAGAAUGUGUGGAAGGUUCCAGGCAGAUGGUUUUGUUGGAAGCAGUCUUACAAGAGGUGUACCUGACUGAGAAAUAAAGAAGAACUGUGUUGAAGCAUAUUUUUAUUUGUUGGUUAGUGAGUAAAGUUAAUUUAUAUAGCAGAGUUAAAUCUUUUGUGUAUAUGAUGGAAUAGUCUUGUUGAGGGUUCACUUUAUUUCUCAGUUAGUCAUGCCUGUUGUGAGUUCAGGAAUCAUGUGAGGAAAACAAUGAUAUUGUUGGCAUUCGAGUGGGUACAUCACAAAACAUGAAUGGUUUGACCCCCUUCUUUUUCUAACAUUGUUAGAUGAAUUUGAAGAAAGAAACAUCUAACUAUAAACAGUGCAUUUUUGAAAAAACAAAUGCCAGUAUUGUGAUUUGUUCUGUUUGUAUGACAUGUCCAUGGUUUUUGAUGGAUGAAUAAUAUAGCACAUUACCUUCGGGGGAGGGGGGAGCAAAAAGGAAUUUUUUUAAAACACUGACAUAAAUGAGGGAUGUGUGCUUAAUUAGGAAGAAAUAAUGCCAUGAAGCCAUCUUGGUACUGUCGGUAUGAAAUCCUGUUUAUGCGCAGACAAAUUUCUAGAAUGAGAAUUGAAUCACAUUGUUUAUAGUUAAUUUAUUUCCUCAAUGAAAUUGAUGAAAAUUUACCCAAUAAUUGAACUGACUUUGGCUACAUUCUGUAGAUUGUAUGAGCUACAAAAGCUUGAGCUUCUCCAAAGCUUAUAUUUCUACCUGGAUGAUACUGCUGUUGCAAGUACAUGAAAUACAAUAUCUUAAACUGGUACUGUGGUCAAUUUCUGUAUCAAAAACAAAGUGUAACUAGUGAUAACUCAAUACCAGUACAUAUGAAUUUGCUGAUACGACAUUUAACAAGUAUACUACUACAAAUUAGUUCCCUGGUUUUAGCUGGUUGUAAAUGGAUAGGUGAUUCCAUAGUUUUGUUUGUUACAGACAAAAAGGAAUCAUGAUGCAUUACCUCUUUAGCGAAAAUCAAAAACGACAUUGGUGAGGUAUUUGACAUUUAAUAAAAUCUACAUUAAAGGUGUGACUUCAUCUGGGAAUAUUUUGUAUCUAAAAUAUUUUCCCAAGACACCCAUGUUAAAAAUAACUAUAGUUGUGAAAUAUAUAAAACAUAACUUCAAUGGUAUAUAAUUUUUAUCCUCUAAGGGGGCCCACUGAUUAUCUCUUUGGUAUUGUUAAAAAAAAAUAUAAAAAUAUCCGUGCUUAGUUUUAAGAAAUAGAUUUAUUGUUACAUUUUUUACCUGUGUGUUUAAAAAUAGCUGAAAAAUAGCAAAAAUGUGAAAAUGAAAUUACAGAUGUAACUAGCUAAUCUCAAUGCCAUUGGUAUUUUGUUGCUUUCUCGAAGUGAAAUUUUAGAAAUUUUUUAAAGUUUUUUGUGGAUUGACAUUUCUGCUGCUUUGAAAGAAAAACAAAAUAAUAUUGGCAUUGUGAUGUUUCAUGUAUGCAAUUGGACAAAUAAUAUAUCUGCAUGCGAAGACAUACCCUACAUUUGUAAUAAUUGUCUGUCACUUUGCGGUUUCCUUAAUUACUUGGAUUUAUUCCUUUUAGUUCAGUUUACUCAUGAAUACUUUAGUUUAUUGAAGUGAAGUAAAAGUAUGUGAAAUGAAUAAAGCCUAUUUUUAGUUUCUCAGUAGUAAGUUGAAAUUUAAAAUGUUGGUAAGAUUGAAGGUAUGAUUGGCUUUUCACAUGAUUUCAUUCUGUGAACUUGCUAAAAUACAUUUGUAUAUUGCCAGAUAUUUUGAAUAUUUUUCUUUUUUCUUUCAAGUAUGUGUUGCUGCUGGAUGCUAAUUAAAAAGCUUUUGCUAUUAUAAUAUAAGUUUUUAGGAGCUUGAAUAAAUAAACUUUUAUUCCAAAUUUGUUCAAGUUCUCGUGUGUAUACUUACAUUACAUUAGAUGUGGGCAUAAUCUGAAAUUUUGAAAAUAUUGAGUAACUUCAGUUUUGUAGAAAAUGUUUAGUUUAUCCUUUAUUUCACAAAGUAUGAUUUGAUUAUGUGAAUCAGAAGUGUGAAUUGGGCUUGUUUUAUGUUUUAGUGAUUUCCUAGCCAGAGGGGGCGAUCCUAAACAAUACAAAAAGAGACAAUUGAAAUGUGAAAUGCACCUUGCAUAGGCUAGCAUUCAUGUGCACGUUUAUAAUUAAAGUUACAGUAUACUGCAGUGGGGGUGGUUUGUGCAUAUAUCCAAGUAUAUAUUGAAUUCUUGCUUAUCCGAUAUGUUGUGUUAAAUAAUUGUUAUAAUUUUAUUUUCUGUAAAUAUGAGGUGCGAUAUCAAAACACAUUUUAAUGAAUUUAUCUGACUUACCCAUUUUAUUAUGUCUAGUUAGUUAAUUUUUUAUGAACACGUAUAACAUGUCACAACAUAUAAUAGUGCUAUAAGCCUAAGAAUUUAUGUAAAGUUUACUCUUCUAAAAAAUCCCAUCAGAAAGUACUUUUAAUGUGGGCCCCCAAGUUUUCUUCCCACAAUUUACCCUGAAUAUUUUUGAUGGCUUAUAUAAAAUACAUUUAAUGAGGAACAACUGGUAAUAAAUUUGUUUCUCAACUUUUAAAGUGCUAAUAUAGGUUUCUCUUUUGUUGUUUUCUAAAAGUAAUAUCUUUAGAAACUUGAGUCUCAGAGAAAAAAAUAAAAAAUGCAUAUGGAGAAAUUAAAUUCAGAUGAAUUUUAAAGUGAAUUGGAGGUUUUGAUUUAUUAAAAUUUGCAAGCUAUAGUCCUUUGUAUAUUUUAUUAAGAAAUGUUUUGGCAAAAUGCGCCACAGUUCAGUGAAAUGAGAAAUACUGGAAAAAUGCAUGUUCUCUUUUUACAAAUCUAAUUUAAAAUUCUCCAUUUGCCUUUUGAUUAAAACCUACUGUAUAACCUUAUCUGUAAGAAAAUGUUAAAAACAUAUACAUAAGCAUCAGUAUACCCAAGUUUAUGUCUUAAAAAUAUUUACAUGUGGAAGGUUCUUUGGAUGAUAUUAGAUGUAGUAUACAUUAUGGCUUCAUUUUGGUCUUAAUCAUAUAUGAAAUACCAACACAAAACAAAUUCUGUAUGUGCAUUUUCUCAUUGAGGUAUUAUUCAUAUAAUUAAGCCAUGUGUUAAAGGGAAAAAAAAAUUUCAAAGAAUCAUCCUGAAUACAAUAUGUGUUUUAUUUGUGAAUUUUAAAGCAGGUGGAGUAAGUAGACACAUUUCUCAUUCAUUAAAAACAAAAUAUUUGGGGAAAUAAUCUUUCUUUCCUCUUCAGGUAACUGCAAUGGUCUGGUAACUUAGAUGUGAUGGUCAAGCUUAAAUCUCCUUGGCAUUCUUGCAAUCAGUACCGUUAUGUUUAUAUUAUUCAUUACUGAUAUAUCUUUGCUUUGUUUAUGAUGAAUAUUAAGAGUUUAAAAGCAACAGUUUUGUCCUGUGUAGUGUAUUUUUGGCACAUUUUGACAUGCAUCCCUUGAACAUUUACUUAAUUGGUCAUCGUUCAGGAUGUAGAUCAGAGUUUCAGAAUUAUUUUAAUUAUGACUUUGUCAAGGAGAUAAAAGAUACGUAGAAAUUGUUAUGAUAAAGAUAUUCUGAAAUGUUUGUGAUGUAAUAAAAUUAAGAAUGAAU